CAAACCGACAAGAUGGUGGGCGUCCUGCAUUACUCCGCGCUUCUGGCACUCGGUGUCACUGCUGUUUCCGCUGGUCAGACCUACUACCAGGGCGAUGGCACGCCGUAUAACCUCGACGCUGUGGGCAAUGGUAACUGCGCCUUCAUGUCGUCCUGGAGCCAGGCAUCUACCAACUACGUGGCCGUGAACCAGGCGCAAUGGGAUGGCCUGAAGCACUGCGGUCAGUGCAUUGAAGCCACGUGCAUCGACCCAAAAUGCAAGAAGAACACGGCGGUGAUUCUGCAGGUCGUAGACCGCUGCCCCGAAUGCAAGUACGGCGACUUGGACAUGUCCCCGAGUGCGCUGACCAAGAUCGUCGGCUACAACCCCGGCCGCAUCAAAAUCGGCUGGAAGUACGUGGACUGUCCGAAUCCGGGCACCAUCAAGGUGUGCCUCAAGAAGGGCAGCAAUCCGUGGUGGGUAGCCAUCCAGCCCGCGAACACGCGUAUUGCCGUCAAGGGUUUGUCAAUCAAUGGCAAGGCUGGCAAGCUAUUGGACGGAGCCUUCUACUACCAGAUCGAUAGCGCCGACGAGGUGCCGUUUAACAAGCUCAAGGUGGAUGUCACCUCUGUCCAAGGCGACGUCGUUUCGGGCACGUACUCUAUGAAGGUGGGCGAGUGUGUCGAUACGAAGCAGCAGUUCUAA